UUCAUAUCUUUAAUUAAAAACAUGUGUUUAUGCAGAUAACCAUGGGCUGGUUGUGAUUGUUCCGCCCACUCUGAGCCCGAAGCAAAGUCCGGUGAGGGGACAGAACAUGAGGAAGGUCUUCGGCUGUGCAGAUCUGCAUGCUGGCUCGGUGUGCGGUACGCUUUCUGAUGGUGGACUAAAUGGCUGCAACAGUUUCACCGCAAUACAUCUGCACGGACCUCCGGAACAUGGACACAAUUAAAUGAGAAGUCAGCUAUACGAUGGAUAAGUGAAAGUGAAGUCCUAUUACCCAGUAUCUCAAUGCCCCCCAACAACGCCACCAUGGUUUACGGCCAGAUACUCCACAGCGACGGCCGAGAGGAAGAUCUGGUCAACAUCAACGUGGGCGGGAUGCUGCACAAGGUAGACAAGAACACCCUGAUGCGCUUCCCGCAAACACGCCUUGGGCUGCUGCUGUGCUGCCACACGGAGGAGGCUAUCUUGGAGCUGUGCGACGACUACAGCGCAACCGACAAGGAGUACUAUUUUGACCGGAACCCUGGGAUCUUCCGCUGUGUGCUGAAUUUCUACCUCACAGGCCACAUCCACGUGAUGGAGGAGCUGUGCGUGUUCUCCUUCAACCAGGAGAUCGAGUACUGGGGCAUCCAAGAGCUCUACCUGGCCUCCUGCUGUAGCAGCUGGUUCCAGGAGCGCAAGGCGUUCAUCGAGGACAGGGAGUGGGACGUGAGGAGUGAUGACCAGGAGCCCAGCUUUGACUCCUCCUUUGAGGAGCUCUCGGCCUUGGAGAAAGACCUGGAGAAGUUCAAGGGCGCUUGGUGCGCUGACGUGCGCAGGUACGUGUGGCUGACCCUGGAGGACCCUGGGUUUUCGCUGUCGUCGAAGGUGAUCAUGGUGGCGUCGCUGAGUGUGGUGCUCACCUCCAUUGUGGCCAUGUGUGUACACAGCAUGCCCGAGUUCCAGCGUGUGGAUGCCAACGACCGGCCCAUUGAGGACCCAGUCUUGGCUAUCCUGGAGGUGAUCUGCAUCAUCUGUUUCUCAGCCGAGUACACUGUGCGUCUGGUUGUGGCGCCCUCCCCUCGAAAGUUCCUGGCGAAACCCCUGAACAUAAUCGACUUUGCGUCUAUCCUGCCGUUCUACUUAACUCUGGCCUUUGAGACGAUUGACGAGGAAGGCAGCGAGGAGGAGAGCGAGAACCUGGAGAACGUCGGAAAGGUGGUGCAGGUCCUGCGGCUGAUGCGCAUCUUCCGGAUCCUCAAGCUUGCGCGGCAUUCGGUCGGGCUCCGCGCCCUUGGUGCCACCAUGCGCCACAGCUACGAGGAGGUGGGCCUCCUCAUACUCUUCCUCUCCGUUGGCAUCUCCAUUUUUUCUGUGCUCAUCUACUCGGUCGAGAAGGAGGAUGCCGACUCCGACCUUAGCACCAUCCCCGUCGGUUGGUGGUGGGCCACCAUCACCAUGACCACCGUUGGCUACGGCGACACGUGUCCGGUUACGACGGCCGGUAAGGUGGUCGCCACACUCUGUAUCAUCUGUGGACUGCUCGUGGUCGCCCUGCCCAUCAGCAUCAUCUUCAACAAGUUCUCCAAGUACUACCAGAGGAACAAGGCCUUGGACGCCAACCAGUGUGCGGAAGCCGAGAAGCCUCAGGACAGCCCCUACAUGCACAUCCGAGAGCUGUAUGCUCCAAGCCUGUACCCGUUCCUCGGUGGGAUCUCCUUCAAAAACAGUGAAAGCAGUGGGGGGGACGAUACAGACGCUUCCAGCCUUCAGGAUGUUGAGGCUGAAUAUGAUUUGAACACUCUUGAGAAAAAUGAGCUGAAAUAAAUGAAGUUUAUUUUUUUUCUUUCUCGUUUCCUCGCUGGCUAGCUGCUGUGGUCGAAACACAUUUUACCGCUGAAAGCACUUUGUUGUCCUCAGGGCUAAUAAAAUAUCUCAUCUACCAGCCUUUCAACACAAUAGCAACAUCUUAUUAGAAUGCGGGAGAUGUCUGCUUUCAUUUUCAGUUUGUGCUGAUUUGAGGUUCGGAGGGAAUGUGAUGUUUUUGCAGCACCCUUAUUGGAAAAUGCACAGUGGUCAUGGCAGAGUGCCAAGGAACCUAAUUGAAAACUCAGGGAGUGUGUCCAUUUUCCUCCCAACUGCCAGUAAACGAGGCGAGUGUCAAUCUGUACCCUUCCAUUACAGACCUUAUCUUUCUGCCAGGAAGUGUUCGCAAUGAGUCACGAAAUGCAGACAUCAGACGUCGUUCUACACAACAAAAUACAGAGUCUUGGAAGGGAAGCCCAAUCCGAACUCUUCACAAAAAAAAGCUCCUCCUCUGGUUUUGAGUGAAUUGAUUAUCUUCAUUGGAUUUGGCUUUGAAAGGUGCAUGAACUAAAGCAUCCCCGCCUCACCCUUAAACCCACUCAAUGCACUGUAAUGAUGGCGCUAGUCAUGAUGACCUCACAUGGAGGGUAAUUGCCCCUCCUGUGGUGAAACCUUGUGGAAUGUGAUUGCAAAGCCUGUGACACACACACACACACACACACGCACACACGCUGACACCGACCUACAGACACAGUGUCCUUUAAAUGAAUGCUGGAAUGGCAUGCUCCCAGUGAAAGGUUGACGAAGAGAAAUGGUAAAUGAAUAAACAAACAAAUUUGCCUGAGAUUACAGCUGUUGUCCUGCAUCAUUAU